AUGGACGCCCAGACUCAAGACGUAGGGAGAUCAUGGCCAGUGUGCACGGCAAGCUUAGAGAAUAUGGCACGCUCACAGCUUCUUUCCGGUCCGGAUUCGCAUACUAAUGCAAUAGCAGAUGAAGCGCUGUUGCGAACGCAGAAAAUCCAGGCGAUCAAAAGGCCUUCUCGCAGAUCUCAGCGGAACGUGCAUAAUCUGAUACACAAUACUGAAAGCCUAGUCCGCAACGAAGCUGACUGGAUUCGUGAAGGAACCGACCUAGCUGCUCUAGGUUGUGCUGCCGACCGAGGGUGGCUGAAUACUUGUCUCGAGAACACAUUAAACACAAUAUCAAGGACCGCUACUAAAAAGCUCUUCCAAACUCACGAGCAGGAAAUUAAGACUGGAGACGAAGCACUCCACUUGGUCUCUCUCGACCGCCUCGACAACGUCCUGCGCGCUAUCGUUACGAUGGUAGCAGCGAUUUUACUGCUCGUCCCCGUAUACGUGCUUUUCAAGUUGCAACCAACCAACAUGUCAGAUGUCGAGCGGAGGGGCAACUACCAGAUCCUCACAAUCUUCAUCUUCACCCUGCUCUUCUCCGCCUCUUGCUCAAUCUUUACGCAGGCAAAGAAACAGGAAGUUUUUGCUGCAACUGCCGCAUACUCCGCUGUGCUGGUUGUGUUUCUAGGAAACACAUCAAACGUCUUGGUGGCCACGGAAAAUUAG